ACUUACUGGUAACCAAAGGGUUAAUGGGACUAAUUACAGCAGCAAGCUAAUAAGCACAGCUGCAACUUUUCCUCCAGACCUUUUCCAUUUGCCUUCAAAUUUCCCUCCUCCUUUGGAGAGGUGGAUUUGAGGCUUGCUCCUUCAUCUCCUUGUUUGGCUACCUCUCAAGCAAACCCUUCUCUGGCUGCAUACUUGAUGUCUUGGUGAUUGUCUUUGCUGCAAGUUGGGCAACCAAACCUGGGUUCAGUUACACAUUUGGCAAGCUAGCCAAGACUUUUUUGCCUGGCCCUGCGUGGUUUGUUGGCCGCCAGCUGGUGAUGGGGGCCUCGUGACAGGUUGAAGCAGCUGCCUAGGUGACAGGUUCGUUGCUCUAGGAACUGUCCCUGGGGUCCCACCUACCUGGGUACCUCUGACCUUUGGUGCCUAAUUUUCACUCUUGUGGCAAGGAAAUGUUUUUUUGGGUUCAGUUUGGACAGAUGUCUCUUGGUGACUACUUCGUGUGUGAUGGACAACAUGUGAGUUUAUUUCUUUCUCCCUUUGGUUCGGCUCUCAGAUUUCUUACUCCCAUUUGGUUGCCAUCAAAUAGUGGGUUUUGGUUCUCUUAGCCUCCUUUCUUGUUUAAGAAAAGGCUGACUAGGAAGCCAUUUGGUUCAGUCAGUGAAGCUCUGAUCUUUAGGGAGGAGCCAGAAACUAGGGAGCCAUUUGGUUCAGUCUGUGAAACCCCAACUUUUGGGGAGGAACUGAUGUUCACAGAAGUACUCUGGGCUUCAUGUGUUUUUUUGUUGCUGUAGAUUUUGGUAUUUUUGAAUAAAACCAGCCACGUUCUUACUGGAAAAUGGAAAGUGACAAUUUGAUCCCCACAUGCAACCUUUUGGACUGUAUUCUCCAAAAUUGGGCAGUCUUUUUUUCAACACUGUUGGCCACAUCCAUUAAUUGUAAUACCAUCUUGCAAUUAGAUUUGUGUUGUAAAAGGGGGAUAUUUGAAAUUGGGCCCUUAAGAUUUUGUUUGCAUCGUGUGUGUGUCCAUGUAUGUUGUAAAUUUGAGAUAUUUUCUCUAUCUCCAGAUGUUAUUGCUGAAAUUAAUUUGUAAAAGAGCUCUAUUUAAUUGGUUUAAAGGCUAGCACUUAUAAGAAUUGGGCAUUCUAAAAGAAAGAUAGAAACUAACCCAGACGUUUUUUAAAUUCACAUGAUCUUGGAAAAUAUUUCGUAUUAAGGCUAAUUCAAGGUUAUUGGUUUAAUAAAAAUGGACAUGUCUUUAGAGUUAUCAGCAUUAAAUGUAAAACUUUUAUUCUGCCUGUCUUUACUUAAAGUCAAAUAAAUUAAUGUUCUCUCCAUUGAGAAAAGAAAAAAAAACAUUAGAACUUUGUCUAAUGCCUCAAGAAGUUUUAUGAGUAUUCUAAUAAAUAUAAAUAAUUUAAAUAAAUGUAAUUAAGACUACUGGAAAUGAUAAGGGAGACAACUCUAUAUCUGAGGAAAGUGAGACUGGUUAUUUUUUUUAAAGAGGAAUUAAAAAAAAUUUUUUUAAGUUUAUUUUUGAGAGCAAGGGAGAGCACUUGCAUGCAAGUAGGGGAGGGGCAGAGAGGGAUACAGAGAAUCCCUGCUGUCAGUACAGAGCCCAAUGUGGGUCUCAAACUCAUGAACCUAGAUCAAGAGUCAGAUGCUUAACUGACUGAGCCACCCAGGCACCCUAUUAUUAUUACUUUUAAAUGGUUAUUUAAUUUGAGUGAGAGAGGGAGAGGGAGAGAACACGCAUGCAAGCAUGCCUGCACUGGGGAGGGGCAGAGAGAAAGGGAGGGUGAGAAUCCCAAACAGGCUCCAUGCUCAGCACAGAGUCCAACUGGGGCUCAAUCCCAUGACCCUGAGAUCAUGACCUGAACAGAUAUCAAGAGUCAGACGCUUAACUGACUGAACCACCUAUGUGCCCAAUAGCAGGUAGUUUUUGAUAUUUGUUAGUAUUUGUAGACAGCCCUAUAAGUUGGGUUGAAACUUCCAUGCCUUUCAGAGAAGUCCUCAUCAGAAUUUUUCAAAAACACUUUUAAGCAAAAUUAUUCCUAGUUUUGGAUUCUCACUAACAAUCCAGAGCAACAAUGGAGUGGCAUUUGGGGCAAGAAUCACACAAGCAGUGUUGAGUGCCUUGGGCAUUCAAUGGAAAUUCUAUGCCUCCUGGAGAAGCCAACAGAUUGGAAAAUAGGAAAAAUGAACUUUGGCAAAAAUAUGCCAAGAAACCAACUUAACUUGGGAAGAAGCCUUGCCAGCUUCUCUGCUUUGAGUAGAGUGGCCCCUAGAAGUAAGCUUGGUUUAAGCCCCUAUGAGGUGUUAUGUGGAAGACUCUUUCUAUACUCAUUUCGUGACUUAGGAAUUCCUGAUGGGGCUCACGUUAGGGAAUACUAUCAGCUACAUUCGCUAUGUAAAUUCGCGUCCAGGAGGUUGAUGUGCCUUUAUACCACCUGAAUCCUGGAGACUUGGUGUUAUUAAAGACCUGGAAGAACAAGCACCUGAGGACCAGCUCCAGCCACCAUAGACAGGACCUUAAUGAGAUGCUGUUGACUACCCAUUUUUCAGGGAAACCAAAGGGAAUUAAGCCUUGGAUCCAUCACACUUGAAUAAUAAAAAUCUACAGGUUCCCUAUAUCUUGUCAGCAAGAAGAACAUCAAAAAGAGUCCUGCUUGGACUGGCAAGCCUUUGAUGGACCUGAAACUACUUUUUAGGAGAGCUGGUCUGAAGAAAUCACCUAUACAGUUCAGACACCUGAGAUUAUGUCUCCAACUGCGACUACAGAGGUUUAUUCAAAAGCUUUGGCUGUUUGCCAUGGACCACUGGACCACUAUGACUUUCUGAUCAAAGCUCAUGAGCUAAAGGAUGAUGAACAUCAAAGAAGAGUCAUACAGUGUUUGCAGAAAUUACACGAGGACCUUAAAGGAUAUGAUAUAGAGGCAGGAGGUCUUUUUUCAAAGCUGUUUUCAAGGAGCAAACCUCCAAGGGGCCUGUAUGUUUAUGGAGAUGUUGGUACAGGGAAAACAAUGGUGAUGGACAUGUUUUAUGCUUAUGUGGAAAUGAAGAGGAAGAAACGGGUUCAUUUUCAUGGUUUCAUGCUAGAUGUUCAUGAAAGAAUACACCGCCUUAAACAGAGUUUGCCAAAAAGGAAACCGGGAUUCAUGGCUAAAUCAUAUGAUCCGAUAGCUCCCAUAGCUGAAGAAAUCAGCGAAGAGGCAUGUCUCUUAUGUUUUGAUGAGUUUCAGGUCACUGACAUUGCUGAUGCCAUGAUUCUGAAACAGCUUUUUGAAAAUCUGUUCAAAAAUGGGGUCGUCGUUGUGGCAACAUCCAACAGGCCACCGGAAGAUCUCUAUAAAAAUGGACUCCAGAGAGCUAACUUUGUACCAUUCAUUGCUGUUCUAAAGGAAUACUGUAAGACUGUCCAGCUAGAUUCUGGGAUAGAUUACCGGAAAAGGGAACUUCCUGCUGCAGGAAAACUCUACUAUCUCACAAGUGAAGCUGAUGUGGAGGCUGUCAUGGAUAAGUUGUUUGAUGAGCUGGCUCAGAAACAAAAUGAUUUAACUAGACCAAGGAUUCUAAAAGUGCAAGGCAGAGAGCUGCGGCUGAAUAAAGCCUGUGGAACUGUUGCCGACUGCACAUUUGAAGAGCUGUGUGAGAGACCACUUGGAGCCAGUGACUAUCUGGAACUGUCAAAGAAUUUCGAUACAGUAUUUUUACGAAACAUUCCACAAUUUACGCUGGCCAAGAGGACGCAAGCUCGAAGAUUCAUAACUCUCAUUGAUAACUUCUAUGAUUUCAAGGUGCGCAUAAUUUGUUCUGCAUCGACUCCUAUAUCAAGCUUAUUUUUGCAUCAACAUCAUGACAGUGAGUUGGAGCAUAGCAGAAUACUGAUGGAUGACUUGGGGCUGAGCCAGGACUCAGCAGAAGGACUCUCCAUGUUUACCGGAGAAGAGGAAAUCUUUGCGUUUCAGCGCACGAUUUCCCGGCUCACAGAAAUGCAGACUGAGCAGUACUGGAAUGAAGGGGACAGAGGCAAGAAGUAACCGUGACUUUUUCGUGAAUAAAACUCAGGACGGAUGAUUACGGCAGGGAGAACUCUUCAUUAUGGAACUGGAAGGAAUCGUUUUCUCAUCGUUAAUUAUGCACUUUGUCCUCUGGACCAUUUUUAUCUAAAAUUUCUCUCAGAGAUGUAGUCGUGGAUUCGUAAGUCAAAGCCAUUUUUGUAGGUUUACUUUUUGCCUAUUUAUUUGGCUUUAUUUCUGCACCACAAAAUUAAAAUCAUCACUCCUGAAGAUUAAUGUAGGACCAGACCUUUUGGUUUCGUAUUAAGCCACUUGAAUGAUCCUUGAACACACACACACACACACACACACACACACACACACACACACGGUUAAAUGCGGUGUCGUUAUGGAAAUCUCCGAGCUUUGGCUGCAUAUUAGCCUCAUGAUACAAACGCAUCUUUUAUGAGAGGGGAGAAAAACCCCUAUAUUUCAAUUCAAAGCCAAGAAACUUUCUGAUCUUGUUAUAAACUAAAGAGAAUAACAUUUUAGAAUAUGGGCUUAUAUGUGUGAUUUUAGGGGGCCAAGAAUGAUACUAAAUCUCCCAGGCCUUCAGGAUUCCUCACAACCAAGGGUAUGUUUUUUGACCUGCUAUCAGGCUUGGCAGAGGCAGGACCAGAUCUUCAGUGGACACGAAGUUGCCCGAAAAAAAUUGAGGAUGACACCAUAGAAUAAGGAGCGAGGGUGUCAAAUUCUAACCCGCAGGCAGAUCCCCCAAGUCUGACUGCCAGUAGAGGAACAGAUGCCAGGAAUAGGGGCCAGCGAGAGGGUGUCAGGAGGGGACAGAGUCCUGGGCACACAAAGUAGCAGAGCGGAUUCCAGCUCAUCUGAUGCCAGCAGGACUCCAGUGGACGGGAGGCUCUGCCCAGCGCUCGGACGCCUUUGCUCUGGCUGCCAAAUGCCACUCCCCACUCUCGCCUCUGCUUCUGUGGUGAGAUGGACUUAACCGUAAAUGGGAAGGAACACUGAUGAACCUGCUUAAAUAAAAUCUGACUUGUCCUUCAUCGA